AUGUCCCUGAUAUUCAUGUCACUACUCAUAUUCUCUGUGUUGCUCGGUGUGAUUUAUUGUUGGAGAAGGCGACAUCUGCUGAAGUUAGCUGCAAACUUGCCUGGCCCCCCCACAGUUCCUCUCUUCGGAAAUGCUUUGGAAUUCAGAUCCAAAGAUUUCGCCCAAAACUUUUGGACAUUUAUUGGUUUCAUGCAAAAUUAUGGGCCUGUGGUGAGGAUCUGGUUGGGGCCUCAAUUGAUAAUUGCAAUUAGUGACCCACAUCAUAUUGAAAAACUUGUAGCACACGAUAAAUUCUGUACAAGGGGCCCCUUUUUUAGAAUCCUAAUGAAAUCGAUGUUUAGGAACGGGCUGUUAGCCAUUGACGGAGAAAUUUGGAGAAAACACAGGAAAAUCGUUACAGCAGCAUUUCAGAAUAAUAUCCUAGAUAAAUUUGUGGACAAUUUCGCAAUGUAUAGCUGUAUUUUAGCGGAUCGGUUGGAUGAAAUAUCUGACGGAAAGUUUCAUAACAUUUACAUGUUCUUUUGCCAGUGUACCUUGGAUGUGAUUUGUGACACUGUAUUUGGAUAUAAACUAAACGCCCAAGCUAAUAACAGAACUGAGGUCGUUAAUAGUAUCUUAGGCAUAUUAGAUCAUGUUGUUGAGCAUCUUGUGAGACCAUGGUUACAUUUCGAUUGGGUUCACAAGUUGACUAAAUCGUGUGCAAAGUACACAGAUGCGAUCGAACACCUAAAUAGCAUUAUAAUUGAUUCAAUCUCACUGAGAAAAGAGAAACAUGCACUAAUGUUAGCUUCAGGGGAGGACAUUCAGCUCGACAAAAUGAAAAAUCCCCUACUACUUGAUACGUUAUUGUUAAAUGAAUCUCUUAACAUGGAUGAUAUUCUCGGAGAGAUAAGUUCAAUUGCAGGGGCAGGGGCGGAAACCACAUCAUCUACCUGCUGUUUUGUCCUGGCACUCCUGUGCGAGCAUCAGCAUAUCCAGGAGAAAGUGCUAGAGGAACAGAAGGUCAUAUUUGGGGAAGAUAUUCAACGACCAGUUACAAGGGACGAUCUGCCCCAAAUGAUAUACUUGGAGCAGGUGAUCAAGGAAACUCUGCGUCUCUACAGUCCACUUUCCUUUCAUUAUCGGCAGACUGUGGAUAAUGUCGACUUAGGGAAUGGCUACGUUCUCCUAGCUGGAAUUCCUGUAAUCGUAACAGCUUAUCUUACACACCGGAACCCGGAGUAUUUUCCUGACCCGGAGCGCUUCGACCCGGAUCGCUUCUUACCUGAGAAUUCAACUGGUCGACAUCCGUACUCCUAUAUUCCGUUCGGACUUGGCCGAAGGUUAUGUGUGGGUCACAACUACGCCAUGAUGGAAACAAAGACAAUUUUGUCUACAGUUCUGAGAAAAUACCGCGCCUGCGCAGUUGAAGGCGGCAUUCGUGCUUUGGAGAAAAGCUUUCGUUUCGGACUUAUACAGAAACCCGUUCAAGGAUUCAGGAUCAGUUUGGUACCAAGAUGA